AUGGCUGCAAUUAAGGAGUGUGAUGGGAAUAAAGCCCCUGGGCCAGAUGGGUUUAAUUUGAUUUGCAUUCAAAAGGGAUGGAGGAUAAUGAAAGCUGAUAUAAUUAAGUUUAUGGCUGAUUUUCAUGAGAAUGGGAGAUUGGUGAAGGGAUUGAAUUGUUCUUUUGUAACAUUAAUUCCAAAGAAGGAAAAUCCAACCAUUAUCCAAGACUUUAGACCAACAAGUCUCAUAAAUUCCGCUUGCAAGAUUCUCUCAAAGGUCCUAGCUUGCAGAUUAAAAAUGGUGCUUCUAAGUACCAUUAGCCCGACCCAAUCUGCAUUUUUGAGUGGAAGGAACAUUUUGGGUGGGCUAUUAGUUGCUAAUGAGGUAGUAGAUUGGUGGAAAAGAUCCAAGAGAAGUGGGUUAAUAAUUAAACUCGACUUUGAAAAGGCUUAUGAUAUAGUAAAUUGGAGUUUCUUGUUUGAUAUGUUGGAAAAGUUUGGUUUUGGAAAAAAAUGGGUGGAAUGGAUGAGGACAUGUCUAGUUUCAGCUAGAGUUUCAAUUCUUGUUAAUGGUUCCUCAUCUGAGGAAGUGUCUUCAAAAAGGAUUGAGGCAAAGGGAUCCAAUCUCACCAUUCUUGUUCAAUAUUGCAGUUGA